GACGCGUCUCUAUACAAACGCUCGUAUAAAGCCAGAGCAAUGCAUGCCAUCCUCGUGUCGCACUCUGAUUGUGCCAUUUCCUCAACCUCACUGAAGCCAUGUCUGAUACAUUCGUCAAGUCGUUUACGCAUCUUAAAGAUCGGCCCAAGGCCGAACGCGCACUUCCAAUGCUACAGCGUAUUGCGUCUCUCGUAAAGCCGAUCAUGCGAAAGCGUAGUUGGGUGCUGCCUGUACUUUCUGAGUUCUUUCCAGAUAGUCCCAACCUAGUCGGGCUAAAUAUUAAUGGAGGGGAACAGAUCCUUCUGAGACUACGACCAGCAUGGGCCGCUGAUACUUUUUACGAAGAAGAGCAAGUGGUGAAAGUAAUGUUGCACGAGCUCACUCACAACGUGCAUGGGCCUCACGACGAGAAAUUCUACAAGUUCCUUGCAGGCCUCGAAGACGAGUACGACGAGUUGAAACGCUCUGGAUACUCUGGGGAGGGCUUCUUCUCCAAAGGACACAGAUUGGGUACAAACGUAUCGCACAAUGUGCCGCCUCAUUUAGCAAGAGUAAGGGCACUGGAAGCUGCCGAGAAACGAAGAAAGGCUAGCACCAUGCUGGGCAGCGGUGGUAGGUUAGGCGGGCGCGUCGGUACGAUGCAAGGUAUGAGUCCAAGAGAGCUAGCCGCACAGGCCGCUGAGCGAAGAAAACGCGACGAAGUAGCGUGUGGAUCAGGUGCCACUGCACAGAAAGAGGCUGCGAAGGCUGCGAAGGAAAGCGUUGGGAGUAAGGUCUUCAUCGACCUCACGAACGACAUAGAUGAUUUUGAUCCUACCACCGCCGCUGGUCCCUCGAGGAGAACAACAUCAUCAUCAACAUCGACUGUUAUAUCCGGAUCGAACAAACCAUCAGAGCCUAGUUGUGGUCCUGCAGUUCGCUUGACUAAAUCCAGACUCGUAGGUAACACCAUUUCCGGUCCACAUCAGAAAGGAAAAUCAUCAACUUCUGUGGGGAAGUGGACUUGUCCGUCAUGUACCCUUGAAAACGACCCUUUUGCGUUACAAUGUGAUGCAUGCCUAUCCGAACGUCCACAUGAACCUUCACAUGGGUGGACAUGUGUAAUCUGCAGAGAAGAAGAUAUACCUCACGAAUUCUGGUCAUGUCGGUUUUGCGGAAAUAUCAAAGCGGAAAGCGUCCUUGCUUAAGCCAACUUUCAUGGCAAUUGUUACAUCUGUCGCCCUACUUACUUUCCUGUAUACCAUGUAAUUAUUUUGUUGUAUUGCUUUUAUUUAGGUUCACCAUAGUUUGAAUAUUUUGACAUCUUGAUUAUUAUCAAUACCACCUUCUGACAUCCCAACGAAUAUAUUUGUGUCGAAAGAU